UUUUUUUUUUCUUUCUCGGCUCAAAUUGCGCAAGAAAAGAUUGCACAGGCUCGAGCCAUUCUUCUUCAAGACACAAGGGCUUUAUAGCCCGUGCAUGCUGCUAGCACCAGUACAUAAGGAUUCCUGCUGCAAAAAUAAACAAUGAUCACCUCUCUCUCUCUCUCUCUGUGUUUAAAUGAUCUGAUGUGUAAUGUAACAGUGUAGCAAGCAGCCGGAUGAUUUGAUACAUUGCUAUUUCUGACGUCCCUUGAUAUCAUCUCUCUCUCCAGCGCGAGCGCGUUUACACACACGGAUUAUGAGAAGAAGAAGAAGAAGAAGAAGAAAAAGAGUGAUCGUUUAACAGCUUUGUAUUUCACGAUCGCCGCCAUUUCCCCACACACACACACACACACUCAUAUCCCGGCUGAGGUUGUAGAUGGGUUUUUUGUGCUCUCGCCUGGGUUAGUAGGAGCCUGCUGUUCAGCAGCACCCCUCCCCCAGCCUUUGGCGAAACAGGAACAACUUCUUUGAGAGCGAAAGAGAGAGAGAGGGAAAAAAAAGAGAAGAGAGAAGGCUGCACAAGUUUUUUGGAGUCUUGGAGCAGCUAUGUAGCCUCCACUUGGUUUUCCAUUUAGGAGCUGAGAUUUUUUCCUUUGCGCUGGAUUUUUCUGCAGCUCUUCUUUGUUUGUCGUGAACAAACCUCUUGUUUCUUUUCUGUCGUUUUUUUGGGGGGAAAGAAAAAAUGGGCGACUUACCUCGAGGAUUAUAAUUGUUGGUGGAGGGGGGGAGCUCUGUCGGUUGUGGAAUACUUUACCUUUUUUUUCCCUCCAGAGAAUGGAAUUAGCCGGGGAUCGAGUGAUCGAGUGAUCGACUAAAAAAAAAAAAAAAUCCACCGUUUGGUUUUUUGAUACCCCCCCAUCUCUCUCUCUCUCUCUCUCUCUUUUAAUGGCACCUGAGGAAUGGAAAGACUUUUGUCCGGAGUAGAUCUGUGUACGAGUGUCCGUGUCGAUAUGAUAUAACAUGGUUUGUCUAUGAGAGAGAAGUUACACGUACUCUUGACCUGAGUUCCCGGACCUUCACACGUCAGUUCAGACGCUGGUUUACUCCACAUCUACAAACACACACACAAUAAAAGGGAAUCUACUGGAAGUUGCUUCAGAUGUGGAGGAGCCGGUGAUUGGGAGACCUCGGGGUCAUUCGAGAUCAUAGAGUGGUGUCCCGUUGCAGUGCAGAGACAGCCAUGGCCACGGCUAUAUCGUGACACACAGAGACAUGUGUGGCCAGGGGCUGUGAGGGCUCCGUGGGGAGAUGCUGGAGGUGCAGGAGGAGCGAGCAGGAGCAGCAGCAGCAGCAGCGGGAACGGGAACGGCCAGUGGAACGGCGCCGGGCGCCACGGCCAGAAAAGAGCGAGCCAAAGACCGGCAGGAGGAGGGCCAGGACUGCAGUGGCCCUGCUGCAGCCGCCAACACCGGGUCCCGCAGCGCCCGGGCCAAGGCAACGCCCGCCGCGCACUCGCACACACACUCACACACACACACACCCAGCCCUCACCAGCACACUACUGCUUCAGCCUCGGUAGCUCUGGGACUGUCGUCAAUGCAUUCCAGCAACCCCAAAGUGAGAAACUCUCCUUCAGCUAACACGCAGAGUCCAAAAUCCAAGCAGGAGGCCAUGGUGCGUUCACCACCCGUGAUGUCUCCUUCCAGCGCCGCUCAGAUGGACUCCAAACUGCCCAAUCAGGGAAAACAAGGAGGUGCCGGCAGCCAAUCGCAGCCGUCUCCCUGUGAGCCCAAGGCGCUAAGUGGAAGCCACACACCCAAAGGCCCUCAGGGUUCUGUGGGUAGCAUGGGACUCAAAAAUGGACAGGGACUGAAUUCUGGCAAUGGAGCAAAAAGCAAGAUCAAGAGGGAGCGAAGCACUUCGAUUGAGUCUUUUGAGCAGAGGGAUACAGGGACACCCAAUAAUGAGGGGGACCAGAAAGAACUGGGCAGUAGAGCAAAGAGGUUAUGUGUAGCUGAACGACGACAGCCCUAUAGUGGAGCUGACUGGUGUUCAGGAGGGGAGAGUGAUGAAGACGACACAGGAUUCUUCAACUGUAACUCCAAUGACAUCAAGCCAGAUCCGAGCACCCUGGCAGCCUCAACGCCUACCCACAAUGCUGUCGGAGGACAAAACACAUCAUCAGAGAUGGGCAGCAGUCAGAAAGCUGGGUCAAAGGUUGUUUACGUCUUCACCACAGAAAUGGCAAACAAGGCUGCGGAAGCAGUAAUCACGGGCCGUGCAGACAACAUAAUCACUUAUCACAUGAACAAUAUUUCUAAUGGCAAGGGUGGCAAGCCACAACUUCCCUUGAACAAUCAACUUGGGCCACACAGGAAUGACCCCAAGCAGCAAGGGGCACAGUCCCAACAGCAGUCUUCUCACUCUUCUGACCAGAACCAUCAAACAGCCUCCAAAGCAGCACAGCCUGGUCAGCCACAGCAGCAAUCUUCAGCGCAACCUGUCCAACCUCAGCAAGCAGCCCAAGUGGCUAAACCAGCCAACCUCUCUCAGGAUGGCCCACCCUCAGGAGGCAUGGACUCAAAGAGCCUCCCUAGCAGCAGCCCCCAGGAUGGUGCUGGAUCACAGGAUGGUAGUAAUCCGGCAGGGACGCCUGGAAGUCAAGGUCCCAAUCAGGCUCCAAAUGCUGGCCCACCGCAGGGCUUUUCUUCCCUUGACCUGCCUAAAGGAGCUGAUGUAAAAUUAUCAGCCCAGCACCAGCAGCAGCUUGCCCAUGAGAUCAUGAGCAUGGGGGAUAAUCCUGAGGGUCUCUCCCAGGAGCAGUUGGAGCAUCGAGAGCGCUCCCUACAGACUUUACGUGACAUACAACGUAUGCUCUUCCCAGAUGACAAAGAUAUGGCUGCCAUGGGGCAGGGAAACAUGGGUGGACCCCCACCUAAUGCUUCCAUGAUGGAAGGUGGUCCCAAGAAGCCUGAACAGGGGCCACUUCAAGCUAUGAUUGCUCAGUCUCAGAACUUGGGGAAACCUGGUGGUCCUGGGGGUCCACGCCCAGAAGGACCUCCCUUUGGGCCACCAGGACCCAGGGACAUGCCUUUUUCACCCGAUGAUCUUGGGCCUCCUCCACAAGGUCAGGGCCCCAUGAAUUCACACCCUGGACCUGGUGGUGAACAUGGUGACCACAUGACACCAGAACAGAUGGCCUGGCUGAAGUUACAGCAGGACUUUUAUGAGGAGAAGAAGCGCAAACAGGAGCAAAUGCAGCACAGACCAAUGGGAGACAUGAUGCUUCAUCAGGGUGGCCCACGGCCCAUUAUGCGUGCUCCACCACCUCCCUACCAACUGAAUCCUGGUGAAAUGUGGGGACCUGGGGCUGCAGAGCCAUUUCCUGAGCAAAUGAACAUGGGCCCUAGAGGAAUGCAUCCACACAUGCAGAGAAUGCCAGGUUUCUCUGGAAUGAUGAACCCUGAUAUGGAGGGAGGUCCUAAUCCCAUGCCUAGGCCUGGCAUGAACUGGCCUGAUGACAUGCCCAAAAUGGGAGAUGGAAGGGGGUUUCCACCAGGUCAGGGAAUGUUUGGAGGUCCUGGUGGCCGUGUGGAGAGAUUCCCCAACCCUCAGUCUGUACAAGAAGCUAUGUUCCAUCGAGGCAUGGGUGACAAGCAAGGUAUGGGUCUGCCACCAAGCAUGAUGAUGGAUAUGAACAGAGUAAUGGGGAAUCAAAGACCCAUGGAGCCUGGGAAUGGAGGCGGCAUGAUGUUUCCCAGAAUGCCAGGCGAAGGUCCCAUGAGCCCCUCGUCAAGGAUGGAGUUUGUGAAAGGUUUGGGGCGUGACAUGGGCGACUUUGGAAUGGGACCUGGCAAUCUCAAUGUUAACAUGGGCCCCGGUCCUCAGAUGAUGGCUUCCAAGAUGAGAGAUCCACAGAUGAACAUGAGUCCAGAGGAGAUUAUGAAAAUGAGGCAUAGUGGAGGUCCCAUGUCUGAGGCCAUGGCUCCACAGCAGAAGAUGAUGCAGGGGCCCCCAUUUCCUGACCAGCCUCAUCCAGGUGACUUCAACAUGGCACCAAACCGGCAAUUCCCAGUCAUGGGUCCUCAAGGGCCUGGUAAUCAGAGAGGUCCCAGAGGUGAGCCACCUUUUGCCACUGAUCAGCGAGGAGGCAAUGUAGGUGGUAAUGGUCGUCUCAGCCACAUGCCACCUUUACCUCCCAACCAGCCUCCCAACAGCUCAGGCCCCCCACCUAACCAGAGGAAUAUGGGUCGCAAACCAUCAGACUUGAGUGUCCAGGCUGGCCCAGCAAAUUCACCCAAUGUAAAUCCACUUAAGUCCCCCACCUUGCGGCAGGUUCAGUCCCCCAUGCUAGGCUCCCCUUCGGGAAACCUCAAGUCUCCACAGACACCUUCACAGUUGGCCAGCAUGCUUAGUGGGCAGCCAGCAGCAGCAGCCGCAGCUGCUGCAGCGGCAGCCUCCAUCAAGUCUCCUCCAAUGAUGGGUUCGGCAGGGGCAUCACCCGUCCAUAUGAAGUCACCAUCACUUCCUGCCCCCUCUCCUGGCUGGACAUCCUCACCCAAGCCACCCAUGCAGAGUCCAGGGAUCCCGCAAAAUAAACCUCCACUUAGUAUGACCUCACCAAAUAUGAUGGGCAGUGUAGAGCAAGGUGGAAGCGCUCCUCCCUCUGCACCCCCUUCCAGUAGUUCAACCAGCCAGCCGGGCUCUAUCAAUGUCCCAGGAAGUCUUCCGUCCAGCAGUCCUUACUCCAUGCCACCAGAACCCACGCUAUCCCAGAAUCCUCUCUCCAUCAUGAUGUCACGAAUGUCCAAGUUUGCUAUGCCUAGCUCCACACCCCUUUAUCAUGACGCCAUUAAAACCGUGGCCAGCUCAGAUGAUGACUCGCCACCUGCAAGAUCGCCAAACCUUCCAUCAAUGAACAAUAAUAUGCCUGGUAUGGGAAACCACCAUCAAGGCCAUCCACGCAUGAUGACCCCUAACUCAUCUGGGCCCAUGCCUUCACUCAGCCCUAUGGGAAUGACCACCAUGGGAUCCCAGCCUCUUUCUCAUGGCAUGCCAAACCAAAUGCCUUCACCCAAUCCUAUGGGCCCGAACAUGCCCCCUCAUUCUGGUCCCAUGGGUCCUGGCAUGAUGUCUCAUGGAAUGAUGAUGCCACCAGUCUCCCAAGAUCCAGGCAUGGGUAACAACCAGAUGAUGCCCCAAGGUCGUAUGGGUCUGCCUCACAGAGGACAGGGCUUCCCUCCUGGACAGUCACCACCACAGCAGAUGCCAUUUCCUCACAAUGGUCCUGGACCUCAGGGUGGCUUCCCACAUGGAAUGGGCUUCCAGGGAGAGGGGGGUCCAAUGUCAAGGAUGGGUAACAUGGCCCAUGGACCUGGUGGAGAACCAGGAAUGUGCAAACCCAACACACCUGGAGGCCAGGAGUUUAAUAACAUGUCGGGCGUCUUCAAUGACUCAGAUUUACAUGAGGUAAUGCGGCCGGGUGCCUCUGGAAUUCCAGAAUUUGACCUCUCGCGUAUUAUCCCCUCAGAGAAACCCAGCCAGACUCUGUCUUACUUUCCCCGUGGAGGAGACGCACCUGGUGGAAAGCCACCUCACUCUUCUGGCCCACCUGGCUUUCCCCCUAUGCAGGGGAUGAUUGGGGAGGGCAACUCAAGGAUGGGUCUCCCCAUGCAGGGCAUGGGAGGUCCCCCAGGCCCUGGACACAUGGGCCCCCAGGACAUGCCAAUGGGGAAUCCUGGUCACAACCCCAUGCGGCCUCCAGGCUUUAUAGGCCAAAGCAUAAUGGGGCCCCAGCAUAGGAUGUUGUCACCAAGCCAGCAGCCGGGUAUGAUGGGAGGCCCAGGUAUGAUGCAAGGCAAGGAACGUCCCAUGUACAACCAUCCUGGCCCUGUAGGCUCCCCUAACAUGAUGAUGUCACUACAAGGGAUGGGUGGCCCUCAACAGACUAUGAUGAUGCCUCCUCAGAUGAGGCCUCGGGGCAUGGCAGCAGACCUAGGAAUGGGGUUUAAUUCAGGCCCUGGGAACCCUGGGAAUAUAAUGUUCUGAGCUGCUACAAGGAACUGACGGAAGCCUCGGCCACAAAACACCGAACACUCUGGAUACUGUACAACCUGUGAAAAUAAGAACUUUUUAUAUAAAAGGAAACAAAAUGAGCUUUGUGUGGGUGUGUUUGUGACGAACAAUGUGUAAAAAUGCGGACACUUCUUGUGUGCAUACACGCUUGGGCAGGACAAGGCUAAUGUGUACACACACCCACAUGCUCUCAAGACACCUGGAUGUGUAAAGAGGGAGUCCUCGCUCCUGAGAAUGGAGGUCAUUUUGCAGGUGGAGUGCUAAGAGGGGGAUUGGUAUUUCUGCACACUACAAUAAUAUGCCCUCCACACAGUUCAAUCCAGAUUUGGCAUCAUUUGCAACGGAAUGAUUUUUAUUUUUUUUUUUUUUGGAACUUUGGGAAUGUAUUUGGAUUCAGACUCUCAACUUAAGGAUUUUUUUUUUAUUAGCCUGACAUUGUGUGGCCAUAGUAAAUAUGCGCGAGGCCACGUACAAAGCCAACAGCAAACCGAGUUAAAGGAUGACCUUAAAGUAGUGGUUUAUAUGUUGUACUUUUAUGUUGAAAAAUCAAAAGGAGACAGAUUAACUGAGUGGCAAAUGUGGUCGGAGACGGAUCCCAAACUGAAUGAACAGUAGUGAAAAUGAAAACGACAAAAAAAAAAAAAAAAAAAAAAAAGUCAAGGGACAUUUUGUCACAAGUUGCACCAUCUUGGCUGUAUGUUUACAUCUCAUCGCAUCACUUUCCUCUGAGUCAUGAAAUGCUCUUUGUAUGUGUGUACUGUACUUGUGUUGUUAAAGGGAUUUUACCAGUGACUUCUAUAGUUUCUUUUUUCCAUCUACAUUUGUAAAGGGGGAGGGUUUUUGGGAGUUGGCUGUUGGUAGCCAAUAUGGUGCAACGAACACCAACACAAAAAUACUGUGUACCGUGGAGGCGUACAGAAUAUUUUAAAUUUAAUUUCAUUUUGCUACUCCCGUGUAUGAUAAAACCAAACUAAGACCUCAUACAGAUCAUAGUAUUAUUAAAAAAAAAAACAAGCACAAACAAAAAUUAAUUGUAAAGAAUAAGAAGUGUUUUUUCCUUUACUCUUUUUUUAUUGUAGAGAAAAACACUUUGACAACACGCUGUAGAAACAGUAAUUUGAUGUUUGCUGUCAGCGUGGUUUCUGGUUCAUUUUCUGGAAUUGUCUGUAAGCUGGACCGUGGCACUUCAGAUCCCAGGAAGAUGCACUCAGUAUCACCGUUACAUCAAUUGCCAGAGCCACGAAGUCUCAAAAGACCGCAAUGCCAGAUACUUGGGAAGAUGCUGAAGGGGAAUGGUUAAAUUGAAUUGUUUUAGCCACAUAUGACAGCAACACAGUGCAGCGCUGGAUUACUGAUGGGGUGGUAAACUGUUUUUUGUUUUGUUUUUUCCUUUCUUUUCUUUUUCUUUUUCUUUUUUUUUUUUUUUGUAGAAAACAAAUGAUGGAAAAACAACAGAAAAAGCUAAUAGGUUGUCCUCAUGUCCCCAGCCCUCCUGUGUUGAUGCUUGUCAUGUGUAACUCCAUUGAAUUUGGUACUGAACCACUUCCUAAGGCUGGGCUGUGGUGUUGGAAGACAAAUAAAAUAUAUUGUUUGGUAUAAAGUG